AUGGGGACCCCCACUCUCUCAUUGAGGUCCAUCCUGGGCCUCACGCUGCUCCUCCUGGUGCAGCUCUCGUCCGCCCUGAAAUUCGACCUCUUCGCCUCGACCAGCAAGAACGAGCGGUGUAUUCGCAACUUCGUCAUGAAGGAUCAGCUGGUUGUUGUUACUGCUAUUGUGGACGGCCAGAAGGGGGAUGGGAUGGUUGUUAAUAUGCAUAUUAAGGAUGCGCUGGGUAAUGAUCAUGGGAGGCCGAAGGAUGUGGUGGGCGAGACGAGACAGGCGUUUACGUCGCCCGCUGAUACGGCGUUUGAUGUGUGUUUUGAGAAUAAGCUUGUUUCGCAGCAAGGCCACUCCAACCCCCGCCGCGCGAUCGAACUCGACGUUGACAUCGGCGCCGACGCCCGCGAUUGGUCCAGCAUUCAGGUCCAGGAGAAGCUCAAACCCGUUGAGGCGGACCUGCGCCGCAUCGAGGAGAUGGUCUCCGAGGUUGUGAGCGAGAUGGAGUACCUGCGGUCGAGAGAGCAGAAGCUGCGUGAUACGAAUGAGAGCACGAAUGAGCGGGUCAAGUGGUUCGCGUUUGGCACUAUGGGGAUGCUGGUGGGUUUGGGCGUGUGGCAGGUUAUUUAUCUGCGGGCUUAUUUCCGGUUCAUGUCCCUCUCCAGGACCCUAAUCAGCCGCCUCGCCCGGCCUGCUGCCUUUUCCCUCCCAACAGCCUCAACAGCAACCCUCCCCCGCGCCUUCGGCACCUCGGCCCCUCGCCUCAACAGUGACUCCAACGACAAGAAAAAGCAACAGCAACCAAACCAAGCCAUCCCCAACACAACCUCAACCAUGACAAAGGACUUUCCCAAAGUCGGCGACAAGCCCGCCCCGCCCGACAUGCUCAGCUCCGUCGACCCGGACUACCGACCCGCGGACCCCUACCCGGGGAAGGUCGAGCACUUCACGGGGGGCCGCCAGGGCAGCGGACCGCAGAAGCCGGAGUUGGGCGUUGGUGAGAUGGAGGGCAUUACGUUUAAGGUUGAGCCGUUGAAGAGGGACGGCGAGGAUGUGUCCACCAUGAGGGCUAGGUUGUUGUACCAAAGCCGAAAGCGCGGCAUCCUCGAGUCCGACCUGCUGAUGUCGACCUUUGCCGACGCCUACCUCGGCAGCAUGUCGCGUGAACAGCUGCAGGAGUACGACCGGUUUCUGGACGAGAAUGACUGGGACAUCUACUACUGGGCGACGCAGGAUCCCCCCACGGAGGAUUCCCCCAAGGAGGAUACGCUGACGGAUACGUGGCAGCGUACGGGCGCCAAGAGCGGCGAGUGGAAACAGACGGUGGGCGCCUUCAAGGCGGCGUACCGACCGGUACCGUCGCGAUGGAAGGAGUCGGAGAUCCUGGAGAUGUUACGCCGGCAUGUGCGGGAUAACAGCGCGACGGGAUUCCAGGCGGCGAAGGAGAAGAAGCAGGGUGGGGGGAAGGGGUUGGGGCGGAUGCCUCAGGUGCAGGUAGGCAUUCCCUCACUCCCCUUUUCCCCCCCUCCUCCCUCUCUCCUCCCCAUCGUCACGUCCGGAACUCCGAUCAUGUCUGAGCAGCUGGUCCUUCGCGGCACCCUCGAGGGCCACAAUGGCUGGGUUACUUCCCUUGCCACCUCUCUGGAGAACCCCAACAUGCUGCUCUCCGGCAGUCGCGACAAGACUCUGAUCGUCUGGAACCUGACCCGCGACGACCAGGCCUACGGUUACCCCAAGAAGUCGCUCGUUGGCCACAGCCACAUUGUGUCCGACUGUGUGAUCUCCUCCGACGGUGCCUACGCUCUGUCCGCCUCGUGGGACAAGUCCCUCCGUCUCUGGGAGCUGUCCUCCGGCGCGUCGACCCGCACCUUCACCGGCCACACCAACGACGUCCUCUCCGUCUCCUUCUCCGCCGACAACCGCCAGAUUGUCUCCGGCUCACGUGACCGCACCAUCAAGCUCUGGAACACCCUCGGUGACUGCAAGUUCACCAUCACCGAUAAGGGCCACUCCGACUGGGUCUCUUGCGUCCGCUUCAGCCCCAACCCCCAGAACCCCGUCAUUGUGUCGGCUGGCUGGGACAAGCUUGUCAAGGUCUGGGAGCUCGCUUCCUGCCGUCUGCAGACCGACCACAUCGGUCACACCGGCUACAUCAACACGGUGACCAUCUCCCCCGACGGAUCGCUCUGCGCCUCGGGCGGCAAGGACGGCACCACCAUGCUGUGGGACCUCAACGAGUCCAAGCACCUGUACUCCCUGCACGCCGGCGACGAGAUCCACGCCCUCGUCUUCUCCCCCAACCGCUACUGGCUGUGCGCCGCCACCACCACCAGCAUCACCAUCUUCGACCUCGAGAAGAAGAGCAAGGUCGACGAGCUCAAGCCCGAGUACAUCGAGAAGGGCAAGAAGAGCAACGAGCCCGAGUGUGUCUCUCUCGCCUGGAGCGCCGACGGCCAGACCCUGUUCGCCGGUUACACCGACAACAAGAUCCGCGCCUGGGGUGUCAUGUCGCGGGCUUAG